AUGGACGAGAGCUUCGAGGGCCGUGUGAUUGUCGUUGCCAACCGCCUACCAAUCACUGUCAAACCACAGCCAGAUGGUAACUUCGACUAUAGCAUGUCCUCGGGGGGACUGGUGUCUGGUUUGAGGAGUCUGGCCAAGGCAGUAGAUUUCAAAUGGUUUGGUUGGCCUGGUAUCGAUGUACACCGGAACGACAAGGACGCCGUUCGCCGUGACCUCCAACAUGGCUUCGAUGCGGUGCCCGUCUUUCUCGAUAGUCAGCUUGCUGAGAGGCACUACAAUGGAUUUUCGAAUUCCGUUCUAUGGCCGCUGCUGCACCGCAUGCCGGACAAAGUGAUCUCCGAAGAAAGCUGGUCUUCAGCCUACCAGGAGGUGAACGAGGUAUUCGCCGAUAAUAUCCUUCCCUACGUCGAAGACGACGACAUCAUCUGGGUCCACGACUACCACCUCUUACUCCUUCCUGGCAUUCUGCGACAGCGGAUGACGAAGAAGAAGAAUCUUCGCAUUGGUUUCUUCCUGCACACGCCAUUUCCCAGCGAGGAUUUUUUCUCUAUAUUACCAUUCCGCGAGGCGAUAUGCCAGAGUCUCCUUAGUUGUGACGUGGUAGGUUUCCACACGAACGGCUAUGCAAGAGACUUUGUCGAAAGUGCUUGCACGGUUCUGGAAGGCGUCAGCGUCUCACCGAACGACCUGCACUACGAAGACAGAAAAGUCAUUGUCCACGGCUUUCCCAUAGGGAUCGAGCCCAACGAAUUUAAGGUCAGAUUAUCAGCCGAAGAAACUCAAACCGAACUGGCAAAGUUAGAAAGCUCCUUUGAAGGACAGAAAAUCAUUGUAGGCGUCGACCGACUGGACUACAUCAAGGGUAUCCCUCAGAAAUUGAAAGCUUUUGAUCGAUUUCUCACCAAGAAUCCCGACUGGCUGGGCAAGGUGACGUUGAUCCAGUUAGCCAUUCCAACCCGUUCAGACGUGGGGACUUACCAGAAACUGAGAGAGGAAGUUGAGCGUCUGGUCGGACAUAUCAAUGGCAAGCACGGAUCCUUCUCGCACACCCCGAUCCACUAUCUUUACCGAUCCGUCCAGCCCGAGCACCUGUGCGCCCUGUACGCUGCAUCCGAUGUAUGCAUCAUAUCAUCCGUCCAAGACGGCCUGAAUAUGGUAAGCUACGAGUACUCAGCAUGCCAGGCCAAGAAAAAGGGCGUGCUGGUCAUGUCACAGUAUGCUGGCGCGGCAAAGACGCUCCCAGCCUGCGUCGGCGUGAAUCCGUGGGAUACGCCUCGCUUCGCAGAAAUCAUACGGGAAUCCUUGACCAUGCCGCAAGAGGAGCGUGAUAGUCGACACCGUGCUAAUGGGAAGGUCGUCGAUGGAUGGACCAGUGUUAAAUGGGGCAUAUCGUUCCUCAACACCGUGGUUCGAAUGCAGCUUCCGAAGGCCAAUGAUAAUAGGAACGAUAAAGACGCGACUUUAAAUCAAGACAUUGAGUCGAAGAACCAUCCCAUCUAG